AUGGUGAACCCGCUGCGGCGCGACACCACCGCCGUGGUGGCGCAGCUGCACGACGCCGGCAUCCGCACCGUGAUGGUGACGGGCGACCACGCCGCCACCGCCGCCAGCGUGGCGCGCCUGUGCGGCAUGCUGUGCGCCAACCGGGCCGUGGCCACCGCCGACACGGCGUGCGGGGAGGGGCGGGUGCAGGACAGCGAGCUCGCGCUGCGCGGGACGGCGCCCGACGGCGCGCCGCUGCCCGGCGGCACGGAGGAGCUGCUGGCGGGGGUGGCGGCGGGGUCGCUGGCGGCGGCCGUCACGGGGCGCGGCUUUGAGAAGCUGCAAGAGGUUGGGCUGCUGGAGCCCUUCCUGCGCCACGCGGGCGUGUUUGCGCGCAUGUCCCCCGACGACAAGCGCGCGCUCAUGGAGCUGCUGGGCGACGGCGCCCUGGGCGAGGACGGCGGCGAGGUGGCGGGGCUGGGCCACCACGUCGGCUUCUGCGGCGACGGCGCCAACGACGUGGGCGCGCUCAAGGCGGCGCACGUGGGCGUGUCACUGUGCGAGGCGGAGGCGUCGGUGGCGGCGCCGCUGACCUCCAAGCGCCAGACCAUCGCCUGCAUGCCCGCGGUCAUCGCCGAGGGGCGCUGCUCCCUGGUCACCUCCUACAUCAUCUUCAAGUUCGUCAUCGUCUACGCCUUCAUACAGACCUUUGGCGUGGCCAUCCUGUACAGCUACGGCGGGUCGGUGGGCAACUACCAGUACCUGGGUGCCGGCUGA